AUAAAAAAACACGAUCUGAUAAAUUUCGUUUCUUCAGUAAUUGACACUGAUCUAGAAUAUAAUCCAUAACAAUGAAGUUAAAAGAAUGUAGGCACUGAACAGACUGGACUAACCAUUGCAGCUGCAGUGUUACUUUGAGUUGAGCAUAGAAUCUACUUUGAAACUUAGUAUAAACAUAGCCAUAGGCUCAUAGGCUAUGAAUUGUAAUUGUGUCCAAUCAUUAUUGAUCUAUCUACAUUUGACAUACAAACAAAUGUUUUCUGAAUGAUCCAAUGUCGAGCACUGCAAAUAAGAUGAUUGAGUCAAGGGUGUUCAAUAUACAGACUCAGGCCAAUGCAGCGUUUGAUGUGAUGCAAGAGCUAAGAGUCAACCAGCAGUUGUGUGAUAUUGUCUUGUGUGUAGGAGGCUCAAAGUUUUCAGCUCACAGAGUGGUGUUGGCAGGAUGUAGCCCUUACCUGCGGGCAAUGUUCACCAAUGGCAUGCUUGAGUCAGAGCGUGAGUUUGUGGAACUUCACGGUAUAGAAUCGUCUACAAUGGGAUUGCUGCUGGAUUUCAUGUACACAUGUUGUAUUGAGGUUACAGUGGAUAAUGUCCAGGCAGUACUACAGGGAGCAAGCAUGCUGGGACUUCAAGCUUUGCGCACAAUGUGCUCUCACUUUCUACAGAAUCAAUUGACAGCUUCAAAUUGUUUAGGUAUCCACUAUUUUGCAGAUAUAUAUUCUUGUACAGAGCUGGAAGCUGUGGCUCGACAAUUCAUUUAUCAAAAUUUCCUGGAUGUCAUCCGGAUGGAGGAGUUUUUUGAGCUUCCAGAAGAGAGAUUGAUCACAUUGUUAAAGUCUGAUAAGUUACAGGUGAUGAGUGAAAACCAAGUAUUUGAAGCUGCUUGUUCUUGGCUGCAGUAUGACCCUGGUAAGCGUCUGGACAGGGCCUGCGUCAUUCUUCAAAACAUUCGCCUUGCUCUCCUGGAACGCCAGUUUCUAGAGAAUGUUGUGCUCAAGUCGGAAUAUUUCCGCACAUGUCCUAAGUGCCAACUGCUCAUCAGCAAAGCUAUCCGCAUGAAGCUGGACAGCAGUGAGCUGGAAAGUGUGCUACCCAGGGCGCAGCCACCUUGCAUCUAUGUCAUGGGAGGGCGGAACAGCACAGACAGCCAGCUGAAGAGCACAGAGAGAUAUGAUUUUCUCCUUGACCAGUGGAUACAUAUGCCUUCAAUGAACAUAGCCAGAACUGCUGUAGGUGCUGCCAGUCUAGAUGGUGUUCUUUACGCUGUAGGUGGAGAAUGUGCGCUGGCUGACACCCAGGAUGACACACUUUAUCUCCACUGCAUAGAAAUGUAUGAUCCUGUAAGGAAGAGAUGGGAACGCAAGCCUGACAUGAAGCUGGCCCGGUCAUUUGUAGCUGUAGCGGCUGUAGGUGGACACUUAUAUGCUAUAGGAGGGGAAGACAGAGCUGGGAGUUUCAAUAUAGUAGAAUGUUAUGACCCCAAGACAGAAACAUGGUCUUUUGUGAACUGUAUGAAGCGUAGAAGAGCUGGUGCUGGUGUGACAGUAUGUGAUGGCAAAAUAUAUGUAGCAGGAGGCUAUGAUAAAGGACCUCACAUGGAUAGAGCAAGUAUGGAAGUCUAUGAUCCCGACACAGGAGAUUGGUCCUUUGCACCAGAGAUGGAAAAAGCAUGUUCUGGGCUGUCGAUGGUCACCCUCGACCACUUUAUUUAUGCCUUUGGUGGACGGUAUCGCCACAUUGAUCAGUAUUUUGAUUUAGUAGAGAGGUACAACACUGUGAGUAGACAAUGGACUACUAUUACUCCUAUGACAACUCCCAGAGCUUGGUUUGGAAUUGCAGUUUUUGACAACAGGAUAUAUGUCUGUGGGGGCUUCGAUGGAAAUUCUCGGUUGCGUCACUGUGAAAUGUAUUCCCCAGAAACAGACUCAUGGACUGUAAUCAGCGGGAUGAAAAUUGGGAGGGCUGGCUGCGGUGCCACAGUUGUAUAGCCUCUUCACCAUCCCCUCUUUGCCUGAUUCUCCAAAAAAAAUAUUUUAAUUUUUCAACUUUGGAAAUUAAAAUAAAAAAGAUCAGUAUCUUCUGCAAAUAAACAUAUAUUUUUGCAUUAAAAAACAACAACUUUUUAAUGUGUUCCUAUGUGCAAGCUCCCUUUGGCAUUUAGUUGUGAAGCAGCAGCAGAAUAUUGUGUGCUUGGAUGGGACUCUACCUUUGUCGAAGAUGUCAAGACAAAAAGAUCUGAAACAAGAGUCCUUGAAACAAACAUUUAAUCAAAACAUUUGGCCAUCAUUUGAUGGUAUAGUUUUGCUAGAUGAUAUGAUUAUACAGCUGUCCAGUUGAUUAUUUUUAAGAACUAGGUCAUCUGUGAGCACAUCUAAACUUUCUCUUUGAUCAGUAGUUACACCUAUGUUGUUUGUAUGUUGGUUUGUAGUUUUUUCUUUAAUUUUUUUUUUUAAAUUGUCUGUGAGUUUUAAUUGGUGUUGGCUUGGUUUAAAAAAAAAAAGUUAGCAAUGAAAUAGUUCUCUUGAUAUUUCUUAAGGGUGUGGGCUCAAAUUACUUUUGUUUUAAAAUUUCUUCUAGUUGUACUGAUUACAGGCAGUGCCCAGAGGUCUGUGUUGUAAGCUUUUUGAUGUGUUUUGACAUAAUGAUAGAUGCUUUAUUUAAUAAUUGCACUCUGCAUAUUGCUUUAGGGCUAGCAAAUACAUUUCAUGUUCAUUUUAAUAUAUUAUUAGCAUUGAAAGUGAAGUUUUAUUUUAUAAAAAAAAAUAUGAUGAUGGCCGAAAGAAAUGAUAUUAAAGUCUGGAAAAUUUGAUAUUAAUUUUCUUGUAGGGGUUUUCACUACCUUGAGGUUGGUAAAUAGUAUGUAAUUAGUAAAAGGUUGAUUUGUGGAAAAAGUAUUUCAAAAAUAAAUAAUAAAUAAUUUUUUUUGGUUUAUAAUCAGAUAUCAGCAAUGACCAGACUAAAAAAAAAUGAAAAUCUAAGAAAUUAAAGUAAAAAUAUUCUACAUUAUAAUUUUGUAAAAUAUUUCUUUUGGACAUUUAGUUUUUAAGGGACUAUAGUUUAAAGAGUUAAUGUUAAAUAAAAUGUAUGGAUAGUUAAAGCAUAAGAGAAAAUAAAAGUAUCAUUUCACUUAGGCAUGCUACUUUGAAUUGAAGUUAUGCCCAAUAAAAGUUUGUCUUGAGUGAAUGAUUCUGUACUAGUAUUACUUAGCAACUGAAUGAAUGAACCAUUCUAUUCCUAGCUUUAGUGUGGGAGAUAUUUCUUAACGGGGAGGAUAGUAGUGAACUUGCAUGACUUGAAAUAAAUUCUGCCUUGACGUCUAUACUGCAACAUAGAAAUACUUUUGUAAUCAGAGCCUUUUGUACAUAGACAUUGGUAUGUGACCAUUCACUCUUUAUGUUUUGUAUACAACCAUUCUUUAUCUGGGAAUAAACAUAGUUUCAUAGUGAACUGAUUGUAAGCUUGAUCUUUACUGGUACUGUUCACAUUGUUUACUGAAUCUCAAAAUAUAAGUGUACUUUUGGUAGGAUGUACAAAUAUUUGAUAGUAAAACUGUAAUAAAACCUAUAAGAAUUUUAUAUAUAUAAAAAAAUUUAAAAACCUAAAGAAAACGGGAUAUUGAGAACAUAAAUGUUUAUUACCUUGUACACAGCUUUUUUUUUAUGCUAUUAACAGUUCAACUUAACACAAACAUUUCACAGCAAGUAGCAUCACCUGAAUAUUCUCAGCAUUGUGUUUAUGGCACAUCAGCACUGUGUUGUCUUUGUUGCUUCCAAGGGUACACACAAAUGACAUAUUUGAGAGUCACUGCUGUAUACAUAUGUUAAUAUUUUAUGUGCAAUUAAAUUUGGUAAGUUAGUGUGACUGAACAUAUAUAUAUAUAUAUAUUUUUUUUUGCAGUCACUAUCAAAACUUGUUUGGGUUGUGUGUAUUAGGUUUUAUGUGUUUUUCUCAGCAGUGGCUCCUCUCUGUAGUUCCUUUUGUCAAUUUUUAAAUCUUCCUGUUUAUUUUAUCAAUUUUCUUUUUACAUUUCAUAAUUUGUAUGGUUCAUUAUAUUUGCUCUACACUUGUUUAGUGAAGCCUAAUACAUUUGAAUGUGUAAUAGAGAGUAUCCUGGUCUAAGCUUGGGCUGUGAUUUUAUUGAUGUGUGUGUAAAGUGAGCUUGAAUUUCAUUGGCUUAUGAGCCAGGUAUACUUUUUUUGCAUUUUUGUUGUUGCCCAUUCUUAUUCCCCUCUUCCUUUUCUUUUCAAUUCUUGCCAUAUCAGCACAUUAUGAUACUAAAUGAAAUGCCAGAUUUUACUGCAUUUGUUAUUUGGUUUGGGGAUGUACAAAUGUGUUUAAUUCAUUAUGUGCAAAUCACAGAUAAAUUUACAGACUGCUCAUAAAUUAUUAUUUUUUUGUUUGUUGGCUUGUUUGUGUAUUUAAAAUAAAAAUUCACAAAAUUAAUUUGGCUCAAUGAUUUUAUUGAAUGGGUGUGUCAAUGCACUAUAUGUUUAUAAAAAAAAUUUUUAAAGCUUAAGAAAUCAUUUCUGGCAAACCAGAAACUUUUAGGAUCAAAUAUCACUACAAAUUUCUUUUCCCAUGUUUUUAUUUAGGAUUAGAAAAUGGUUUGCUGACUUCGGUUUAUUUGAUAGCUGUCAAAGAGCCAUUUUCCAAAACUAUUGAGCACAAAAAUUAUAUCAACUUGGUCAACAGUUGAAAAGCUGUCUCUAACCAAAUAUUGUUUUUCUAAAAAACAAAAUAUCAUGGUAGUGGCUUCUUCUAUUUCAUUUUUGGUUUAGCCAAUUCUACAUAGUUUGUAUUCUUUUUUUCCGAUUUCUAAAUGUAUUUUUAUUGAAAAUGGUGUAACUAGAAAAUAAUGAAAGCACAUCACUGAUUCAAAAUUAUUUCUUAUAAUGCCAUUGAGUGCUGCAAAUGUUGACAAUUUUUCUGUAUAAAACUACCAAUGGCAUAAUUAUAAGGGAUGAGACUAUAUAAUGGGUAUAUGAAAUUCUUAGUCUAAAGUUAUUUAAUUGAUAUAGAUAGUUUUGAGAAAAACAAGUUGGUAGCUUUAUAUGUACAAGUUGAAAUACUUUAAUGAUAUUAACUUGACUCUUUUGAACUUAAAUCUACUUAUGAUGAUCUAACCAGUUUUUCUGUACUUGAGAUUUUAAAUCUACAAAUAUCUACAAAAUUUAACUCUUAAUGGACUUUGUUAAUUUUUAAGUCUUUUAAAGCAUCUGGUUGCUUAAAUUGCAUGACCUUUGACCUGAAUACUCACUAUGUGCUGUUGAAUGUGCACAUAAAACAAAUGUAUCAACUCUAAAUGGGUUAUGCCUGGAUACGGGAAAGGGCACAUAUCUGAGCUAAAUCUUUUUUAAAGACUUUUGUAUUUGAUCAGGAUGAAAUGAUUACAACUUUAUGUGCUUCUUAAAUGCAUGAGCAGCAGCCUUGACCUAGUUAAACUGCUGUGUGCUUCUUUUUGCAAGUAUAACAGCAGUGUGAGUAGAAGGGUGAGAGGAGGGCAAGGUAAUUUUUUUGAAUCUGUUGUUUGUCUUGUAGAGCUUGCAUUAAUUUGGACAAACUAUUUAUAACUUAUAAAAACGAUUAAGUUGUGAUACAUUUGAUCUAAUUACAUCGCUGUGCUUUUGCCGUUUUCUAUUCUUCCAUUUCUUUCUUCUGCACUGGGGCCCGCACACUGCCUGUGCCCCUAACAAAUUAUUGUAAUCACCAGUUGCCUUCAGUCAUUACUGCAUGUAGGAAUCUCUUCAUCAGAAAUAUAUUCCUAGUACUUUGAGAUAAACUCAUCAAACUUCCUGUACAGCACUUUUGUUCAUUUUAGCCUGAGGGAGGUGGAGUAACAGAAUUGUAUAGUUGCAAGCUUGUGGCAAGAAGGCUUGUGCUCCUUCUGAAUAAUCAUCUUUGUAAUAAAAUUCCAGCAUCACAGAUAGGAUCAGGCCCUCCUCAUCAUCAUUCGGCCCCAGCCUGUAGGCUGUGACACCUAUUACAAGAAGUAACCUUUAAUUUUAUUUAUCAAAUCAGCUUGAGGUUUGGAAAUAAGUCUGUACCCUACAUAUAGACUAAAGUAAUUAGUGAUUACAAAAUUAUUGUUAUAAAUUUACAUUUCAACCACUUGGUUUGGUUUAUGUUUUAAUCUAAUGAAUCGAAUUCCAGUCA